AUGGACAAAGAUUGCGACAUGGUUUAUAAAAAUAUUUCUGACCUUUACAAAUCCGAAGAAUUUAAGACAUACGAUAACUUUGUUUCAUUAGUUGCAAAAUGUGUAUGGCAGAUAAGAGAUAAAGAUAGAAGAGGUAAAGUAUGGAAUGAACAGAUAAAACCAGCAGCUUUUGAGUUAAAGAAAACCAUUGACGCCUUAGUUGUUCUAGCUGGUUUUAUUUCAAUGUAUAACGCAAAAACGAUGCCGCAAUGUUCAAAAUGUAAAGCAGCAAUAAGAAAAUAUAACUACUCAGUCAAAGAGAUAGAAAGCAUGCGAAACGACUAUGCAGACUUAAAGAAAGAAGCAGAAAAGCCAGCAGAAGAUAAAAUGGAUAUGUUGACAUUUCUUAAUAAAAACUAUCCAACAGCAGAAGAUUUCCUUUUAUCUGACGUCAAGAAGAAGUAUAAAGAAACUUUCGGCAUUGUUAAAACUUUUGAUAUCCUCAGCGAAGAAAUAGAAGCUACGAAAUUGUUUAGGAUUUCAAAUAUACAUCGUACAAUUCAUGUAAAAAGCUUGUGA